AAUAGUUCGGAUUUUUUUUAGUUAGAAGUUACAAUGUUGAAAAAAAAAUUUUCGUUCAGUUUAAUUGGACGCAGUAUAACGGACGAAAGCGUGGCAAGAAUAUUUCUUAAUCCAUGGACAUAUAAUAAAAAUAUCUCUAUAAUUAUUUUCAUUUGCUGAAAAAUCCGAAAAAAAAUCAAAUCAAAAAGAGCCUUAAUCAAGCUACCAUUAACAUCAAUUUCCGCCAUUCUUUUUUCAUUCGCAACAACAAAAAAUGCAGUUUCUUAUUCUAAACGAUACCCGGAAGGUAGUAAUUCCAACUUUCAACAUAAUUUUUGCUUCUAGCCUCUAAGGAGGAGGGUGUCAUUAAAAACCUGUUCCAUGUAUCUAUAUUGAAAUAACUCGCCUCAGCAUGUAUAGUGAAAUUAAAUCGCAUAUUUAGUAAAAAUAAGCAUACAUUCAUAAAAAUUAGAUUAAGGAUGGUGUUUUUAGAAAAUCAAAAAUUCGAGUUAGGCUAGCCACAUGUUUCUGUUCCAGCCAAAUAAAUGUUUCUAAGUUAUAAGCCAAAUUUUAUGAAUGAAUUAACAACUUUAUUUGUAACAAGUGUCAUCUUGGUUGGCAUUCCAAUAAUCCUGGGUGAUUUUGGGUGAUAAGUUGAUUUUACACAGCCCAAUCAUGUUCAUGUCUCACUAUCGCAAUAAAUUCAAACUUUAUUCAACUAUAAUAUUUUCUGCAAAGCAACAUAACGCGCAAAGGUUGGAGAGUCUGGGCCCGAACCCUUCUCUUCACACAAAUUCCGAUUUCUGUGUUUACGGUUUACAGCACCCUAAAAACUGGAAGUCAUUUUUUAUCUUACUGGCGAUAACUUAGUAUUUACCCUGACCCUGACAUUGACCCUGACCCUGACCCUGGCGCUAAUUCUAUACACGCACAGAUUCGAUUAUUUUUGUGAGUAGAAACUAUCGAGAGCAAAAACUUUCUCGUUUUUUUCCCUUCUUCGCAAAAGCCUUUUCCUUUGAAAAUAUCAAAUCAACAAAACGCGAAGUGGUAGGGCCAUUCUCGAAUUCCAAAAAAUACCUUUUAGUAUGCAUAUUCAGUGGAUUUAUCAACCUCUUUCCCAGGGCUUUUUAAAUUUUUAUGAAAAAUUUUGUGGUGGCAAACUCGACCCAAUGAGAACUGUGAUAUCCUGUUCUUUGAAAAAAAAGAAAAUUCACGAUCAAAUUAACUAUUUUUAGGAUUUUUUUCAAGGUUGGAGCAUUUUUUGGAGAAUUCUUUUCGUAAUGCGGGAUUAUUUGAAGAACAGGGUUAUUGGAAGGACGGUGUAUGGGAAAAAUGAAAUGCUCUAAGUUGUUUAUAUUUAUUUUUCUUGUUUCAAUACCCUGAUUUAUAUUUGUUUUUAUUGUCGUACAUACUAAACUAAAUUUUACUUAAAAAAUAUAAAUGCGAAGUUACAGCGUGUGACCAGAAAAUCUGAUUCAAUGAAAUAUUCUCCAGCAAAUGCGAACUUCAUGCUUCGAUAACUCCUUAGACAACAAGUGAUUUAACAUUUUUCAAAACAGAAAAAACAGAAUUCCAGACAUAAAAAUAUAUAUAUAUAAAAUUUGUAUUGGACAUUUAGAUCUGGUAAUUUUUGACGUUAUUUUAAGAAAUAUUCCUUUUGCUGACCAGUUACAACCACCGAUGCUAUCUUGUAAUGAUAUAAUGCCAUGAAACAACAGCACGAAAUGAUCGUGUUUUGCUUUGUCUUUAUACCACUGAUGGUUAGCUCACAUUCGAAAUCAGAUUUCAAGUCCUUACCAGACGUCACAAACAAAUUAUACGACGACGUCGACGACACUACUGUUUUGACGCCUGACGAGCAGGCUGCCGAAGAACUUGUUAAACGAACAUUUAUAACGACAGCACGAAAGGUCGACAACGGAUUUUACUAUAGACAACGUAAAAGACAUUUAGCGAACUCCGUAUAUAAAAAAGACGAUUUUCCCCACGGUUACCAUUUUACAAUUCCAAAUGACUUUAUUGUGGGGGAUUAUAAGGAGGACAAUGAACCUGAUCCCGCAAUGCAAAGGCCUUCAAACCCCUUAUUAUCCAAUCCACAUCCCGUUGUGGAGAAUGCCCAGAACAUGGAGACGCAAGUAAGUAACCUUAUAGCAUCUGCAGGUUCCUUAAAAAUGCAGUCGGUACAGCUAGAAAGCAAAGCAAAAGAGUUGGAAAAGCAAGCGGAAAUCCUCCACGCCCAAGCGGGUGGCCCGCACAUAAACUUCAUGGAAACGCCAGUAAAAGCGCCGGAAGAUACGUCGCAAGAUGUAGAUCGUUCCAAAUCUGGAGAGGGUGGAAAGGGUCCUGAAAGAGGUGGAUACGCGUCCUCGUCACGCCCGCUAAUCAAUGGGCAAACAUUACCAGGUGGUGCAGAGAAAGCGCCCGCUACGCCCACUUUAGGUCCACCCACAUUUGAAAAGGAGUCUCCAACUCAAGAUAUAAACACUGGAUACCCAAUGUAUCAACUUCCAGCUAGAUCAGGAGAAUAUACAAUUCCGGUCUAUCAUAAGCCGUUACCACCGCUUAUUGGUCCGAAUCCAUACGAAGUUUUGACGUCAUCAUCUUUGAAUGGAACUGCGUAUAAGAUCCCAUCAUUGGUUCCGGCACUUGAAGAACCGACCUCUUCUGGGAUACCAUUAUUUAAACCAGAACCAGAAUCUGCUGGCCUACCAUUAUUUAAACCGGCUCAAAAAUACAUUAUAAGUUUGAAAGGAUUAAAACCAAAGGGAUCGAAGUCUGAGAAAGCUGAGACAAAGUCUACUUCUGCACAUUUAAAAAGUCUUGUUCAGAGGUCUAAAAAGUUUAACAAAAGUUUGCGUACGAAAAAUAAAAAUAAAAAUAAAUUAAAGAGAAUGAAGAAAAGAAAGACAACGUGGAAAAAGAAAGAAGGGAAAAGAAAAAGAACAUAAUGUAAUACUAGGUUUACAUCGUGUCGUACAUUGUUUGCCGAGUAUGCGUUCUUAUUAGAACGAAACUAUAUCGAGUUGACAUCAUGUCUUGUACUGUUGGGAAAACAGUUUGACAUUGUGAAUAGAAGAAAUUAAAAAUUGAUUUAUCGUACUUUACUUUACCACAAAAAGAUAACUGAGAACAUACUCAAGUAACGCUUGAUAGCACCCGAUAAUCUAUAUUAUAAUGCCCGUAUACGUCUGUCCGUCCGUCUGUCUGUCACGCAAAAUGGUAGCUUAGCUGCGACGGGUGAACCCGUGGAUUUUUCCACGGGCUAACGACUAUACUCAAUAAUGCCCGGUUUAUUUGGAAAAAACGGGAAAAGUUACUGAUUUUGAGGGUCCGUGACUAAAGUUAGCCCCGACUGAACAUUUCCACGAUUAUUCUAAAUACGGAAGAAUAAUUUUCUCUUGACUAAAUCAAUCACUAACUAAUAAUUUUCUAAAGACUAACUUUAACUCAACAAGAAAGUCUGCCAAGAAUUACUACCGAUCUAUUUUUGUUAAAAUAUUCAAAUUUUGCUCCUCUUAAAUCAAAUCAUCCAGUUUUUUUUAUAUUAACUAAUAAAAUUUGAUGGGGACAAGAGAGAAAAAGAAAACUGGAAAAAAAUAUGUUUAUUGUCCAAACAGUGGGUUUUUUUUCACCUGAGACUCAACAUUAGUAGAGGAAAAGCGACUAUGCAUUGGGUGACUAAUUUUUCUCCGACUAUUGAUUUUUCCCGACUGUCGAUUUUUCCUGAUAUUCCCAAUCAGGUAUUGACCAUUGCGACACUACAAUCUCACAAUAAAAUUACUUUGUUAAAAAAUUAUUUUUUAAUGAUAUUUUAGAAUUUUCAGUCUUACCUCCCCCCUCCCCAUAAUAAAGUUGAGGCUCUGUGAAGACGUGCCUUGAAACAACAAUGAAUUAGGGAUUGCAGCUAUAAUUGAACGAGAAAUGCGUCUAACUAGGGACAUUUUUGACCAUUCCAACACUCACUUACGUGCGGAACAAAAUUUAUGCAAAGUCAAUCACCUUGAAAUAAUAGUUCUGCUAUUCCGCUGUCAGCGGACACUUUUGGUGCAAUCAUUUAUUU